AUGGCUUCAGGUGGACAAACAUUCCCACCCCAGAAACAAGAAACUCAGCCUGGCAAGGAACAUGCCAUGGACCCUACUCCUCACUAUUCUAGCCAGGAUUACAAGCCUGCUAAUAAGCUUCGAGGCAAAAUAGCGCUGGUGACCGGAGGCGAUUCCGGGAUUGGACGAGCAGUGUGCCAUUGCUUUGCACUGGAGGGUGCAACUGUGGCCUUCACUUACGUCAAGUCUCAAGAAGAAAAAGAUGCGCAAGACACACUUAAAUUGCUAAUGCAAGCCAAGGCAGCAGAUGCAAAGGACCCAAUGGCGGUGCCAACGGACUUGGGAUUCGAUGACAAUUGCAAGAGAGUGGUUGAUGAGGUUGUGAAUUCCUAUGGCCGUAUUGAUAUUCUGGUGAACAAUGCUGCAGAGCAGUACGAAGCUAGUUCGGUUGAGGAGAUAAAUGAGGAAAGGCUUGAGAGAGUUUUUAGAACUAACAUCUUCUCUUACUUCUUUGUCACUAGGCAUGCUUUGAAACAUAUGAAGGAAGGUAGCAGCAUAAUAAACACAACAUCAGUGAAUGCAUACAAGGGGAAUGCAAAACUUCUUGAUUACACAGCCACAAAGGGUGCAAUUGUUUCGUUUACUAGAGGACUUGCCCUUCAGCUUGUGGAGAGGGGCAUACGCGUUAAUGGUGUUGCCCCUGGCCCAGUUUGGACACCACUGAUUCCAGCUUCGUUUUCUGAAGAGGAAUGUGCAAAUUUUGGUAAACAAGUGCCAAUGAAGAGGGCUGCUCAGCCUAUAGAGGUGGCCCCGUCGUAUGUUUUCCUGGCUUCUUGCCCGGAAUCCUCCUAUAUAACUGGCCAAGUUAUCCACCCUAAUGGUAUGCUGAGCCUUUACAUAGCCAAGUUGCUAAAAUUAAAACUAAUAUGUUAUCCUUAGAUUGAGCAUAUGAUCUGAAUGUUGUAUAUUGCUGGUUUGCAGGUGGGACGAUAGUCAAUGCUUAA